UCCAUAGUUUACAGCAUAAUUGGCAUACCGUACAUGACAACAUGAUGAACAUUAUCAUGGCCACGAACAACUCCUUUUUACCGAAAUCUAGUGAUAUGUACGAACUGAUAGAGUCUUUUUUACAGGCUCCCACAUACCACCUGAUAUUUGAAGCUUUGUUAAUAAUAUGGAUUUUCAAGCUGAUAUUCUUUUCCACAGAAUAUCGUCCAGAAUCUGUUCUGACUGAAAAGGAGAAAGCUGAAUUAAUUGAAGAAUGGCAGCCAGAUCCAUUGGUUCCUGAUGUUGAUGAAAAUCAUCCAUUACUACAAGCAAUGGAGAAGAAUAUUAUAUCUGGCAAACCAGACAAAUAUGUGAUGAUAAAUGACAAAUCCUCCUUAAAUAUGGCAACACUGAACUUUUUAGGAAUGGCUGGAAAUGCAGAAGUUGAGUCUGCAGCCAUUAAGACACUGAAACAAUAUGGAGUAGGAUCGUGUGGCCCUAGAGGUUUCUAUGGAACUAUGGAUGUCCAUUUAGAAUUAGAAGAGAAAUUUGCCAAGUUUAUGUAUUGUGAAGAAGCAGCUUUAUAUUCCUAUGGUUUUGCAACCAUUGCCAGUGCCAUCCCUGCCUAUUCCAAGAGAGGAGAUGUUAUAUUUGUUGAUGAGGGUGUAUGUUUCUCUAUACAGAAAGGUUUGGUAGCCUCUAGAAGCAGUAUUAAAUGGUUUAAACACAAUGACAUGGAAGAUUUAGAAAGAUUAUUACUGGUUCAACAGGAUGAAGAUAGAAAGAAUCCCAAAAAAGCCAAAGUAACAAGGAGAUUUCUGGUGGUAGAAGGAUUAUACUUUAACCAUGGUGAUAUCUGUCCACUGCCUAAAAUUGUUGAACUGAAGUGGAAGUACAAAUUGAGACUGUUUGUAGAAGAAAGUUUUUCAUUUGGUGUUCUUGGGGCCAAUGGAAGGGGAAUUACAGAGCACUAUAAUAUAUCUGUGGAUGAAGUAGAUUUGAUAGCAGCUUCAUUGGAGAAUAGUAUUGGCAGCACAGGAGGGUUCUGUUGUGGUAAAAAAUAUGUCAUAGAUCAUCAGAGAUUAUCUGGUUUAGGUUACUGUUUCUCUGCUUCAUUACCUCCAAUGUUGGCUACUGCUGCUAUUGAGGCCCUCAACAUUAUGCAGAAUGAUUCCAAUAUUUUAUCAAAACUGAGAGAAAAUUGUAGAAAGAUGUAUGAUGGUUUAUCGAUGAUAUCAGGUGUACAAGUGAUGGGAGAUCCAUUAGCUCCUAUAAAACAUGUCAGAUUAUCAGAAAUUAGUGAUAACAGAGAGUUAGACAUGAAAACUUUACAGAGGAUUGCUGAUCAGGCUAUGGAGAAUGGUAUUGCCAUAGUUUUAGCCAGAUAUUUAGAGAAGGAAGAACACAAAUUACCACCACCCAGUAUUAGAAUUUCUGUGAAUUGUCAGCUAACAGAAAAUGAAAUAAAUCGUGUUGUGGAUGUUUUCACAAAUGCAUGCAGAUCUGUUUUAUGAUUGAG